AUGGCGGACAAUGCCUUCUCCCAAGUGAUUCUAGCGGACCAGCCUCUCCCGGCCGACCUCGGUUCUCUAUUCCCUACUGCUCUAGAUCGCCACCAGCAUUUCUGCGGCGACCCAGAAGGAUGGGGUCCUAUCAGUAAUCGAAGAUAUGAUUUCACGCCCUGCUUCUUAGAUACCUGGAUUUUGUUUGUCGCUGCAUGGGGCCUGGUCGGCGGUGCCGCUGCUCUAUGGUUGUUGUUGCGACAUCGCACGCCCCAGCCCGUGCAAAAGAACUGGCAUUUCUAUGCGAAGCUGUCUCUUAUUUGGACCAUAUUCCUCACGGUUGCUUUGCAAGCCUCCCUCCAAGUCGAGACUCUCCCAGGAAUAUGGCUCCGGGAUUUCAGAUUUUGGUCCACAAUCUUUCUCCUAGCCUCAUUGGUAGUGAUAUAUAUGGUCCAGUAUUAUGAACACUGGCGGAGUCGACAGCCGAAUGGCGUGGUGUUGUUUUACUGGGCUUUUUAUAUCAUUGCCCAUGCUGUCAAGCUUCGGUCCCUGGUAUCUCGAAAGGCCCAUAUCGACAGUCUACCGUACUUCGUCGUUUUCAACGUCAACCUUGGACUUGCAAUUCUGGAAUUUGCCCUGGAAUAUCUCGUUCCAAAAAAGCAGAGUGCAUACGAUGCAUUGGGUGACGAGGAUGAGUGCCCAUUCGAGUAUGCAGACAUAUUCUCUGUCUUGACCUUCGCGUGGAUGACACCCAUGAUGAAAUACGGUUAUAAGAAUUUUCUUACACAAGACGAUCUUUGGAACUUACGUCAAAGGGAUACCACUCGUGUUACCGGCGACCAGCUUGAGAAAGCGUGGCAAACCGAGUUAGGCCAUAAGCAACCAUCACUUUGGCGUGCUCUGUUCAGAGCUUUCAGCGGGCCAUACUUCCGAGGUGUACUCAUAAAAACGGUCAGCGACAUUUUUGCCUUUGCUCAACCCCAGUUACUACGACUCUUCAUAUCUUUCAUCGACUCUUAUCGUAGGGGUAGCCCUCAACCGGCUGCCCGCGGGGUUGCAAUCGCUGCUGCAAUGUUUGCCGUAUCUAUCGUCCAGACAAUUACCCUCCACCAAUACUUUCAACGCGCUUUUGAGACUGGAAUGCGCGUGAAAUCUUCGCUAACGGCCAUGAUCUACACAAAAUCCCUUCGAUUGUCAAACGAGGGACGUGCAUCUAAGUCUACAGGAGAUAUUGUCAACUACAUGGCUGUAGAUCAACAGCGACUUUCUGACCUGGCACAAUAUGGCAUGCAAGUAUGGUCUGCACCUUUUCAAAUCGUUCUCUGCAUGCUUUCUUUGUACCAACUGGUUGGUCUCAGUAUGCUUGCUGGUAUCGGAGCUAUGGUCCUCAUGAUUCCUCUCAAUGGGGUGAUCGCAAAAAUCAUGAAGAACCUUCAAAUUAAACAGAUGGGAAAUAAGGACCAAAGAACACGUUUAAUGACAGAGAUCUUGAACAAUAUGAAGAGCAUUAAGCUUUACGCAUGGAAUACCGCUUUCAUGAAUAAGCUUAAUCAUGUUCGCAAUGACCUUGAAUUAAAUACACUACGGAAAAUUGGUGCUACGCAGGCCAUUGCCAAUUUUGCAUGGUCGUCGACCCCUUUCUUCGUUUCUUGUUCCACAUUCGCUGUAUUUGUCUUGACGAACGAUAAGCCUUUGACAACCGAGAUUGUAUUCCCUGCCCUUACCCUCUUUAACCUCCUGACAUUUCCCCUGUCUAUUCUACCGAUGGUGAUCACAUCAAUCAUUGAAGCUUCAGUGGCUGUCAAUCGUCUUAAGUCAUACUUUACUGCCGAUGAGCUUCAAGAGGAUGCGGUUUCGUUCCAGGACUCAGUUUCACAUAUAGGGGAUGAAUCUGUACGAAUUAGAGACGCAACUUUCACUUGGAACAGACAUGAAGGUCGGCACGUUAUCGAAAACAUUGAUUUUAGUGCUCGAAAGGGUGAAUUGAGCUGUAUUGUUGGGCGUGUGGGUGCAGGAAAGUCUUCUCUACUUCAAGCAUUACUUGGAGAUCUGUGGAAGGUUCACGGCGAAGUUGUCAUGCGUGGCCGUGUAGCGUAUGUUGCACAGCAGGCAUGGGUGAUGAAUGCGAGUGUAAGGGAGAAUAUCGUUUUCGGACACCGCUGGGACCCUCACUUCUAUAAUCUAACAGUUGAAGCUUGCGCGCUUCUCGAUGAUUUCCAAAUCCUUCCAGACGGCGAUCAAACUGAAGUCGGCGAGCGAGGCAUUUCUCUUUCCGGUGGCCAAAAGGCUCGCUUAACUUUGGCCCGUGCUGUAUAUGCGCGCGCCGACAUCUAUCUCCUUGAUGAUGUGCUCUCGGCGGUUGACCAACAUGUCGGCCGACAUAUCAUCAACCGGGUCCUGGGGAGAAAUGGUAUCCUUUCCGGGAAAACAAGAAUACUUGCGACAAACUCAAUACCUGUGUUGAAAGAAGCAGACUUUAUAGGACUUCUACGAACUGGGAAUAUGAUAGAGAAGGGUACGUAUGAGCAGUUACUGGCUAGAAAGGGAGAAAUAGCAGCUUUGGUUCGCUCUGCCACUAGCGACGAUGAUACAGCAUCCAGUGGCAGUAGUAGGGAGGAGGAGAGUCCUAUGAUAUCAGAAACGUUCACUGCUAUUGAAGAAAGCGAAGGGGAUCUCUCUGAAGUUGAAGAGGCACAAGAACGUCUGGCACCUCUGGCCCCAAUCAGAAGUACCGGUGUCAAUGCUCGACGAGAAAGCAUGGCCACAUUAAGACGAGCUAGCACAGUCAGCCCCCAGAACGGCAGAACCAAAUUUACUGAUGAAGAAAAUGGCCUCAAAACUAAACAAACCAAAGAGAUUGCAGAACAGGGCAAAGUGAAAUGGAGCGUAUAUGGAGAAUAUGCGAAGACUAGCAAUCUGUAUGCUGUCGCUUUUUACAUCACAGCUCUCCUCUCGGCCCAUGCAAUGCAAAUUGCGGGUGGUUUCUGGCUGAAGAGAUGGUCUGAAAUCAACGAGAUUGAAGGUCGAAACCCUAGUAUCGGCAAAUAUAUUGGAAUAUACUUUGCCUUUGGCAUCGGCUCCUCUGCUCUUGUCAUCCUACAAACCUUGAUUCUCUGGAUCUUCUGCUCCAUUGAGGCAUCCCGAAAACUCCACGAACGAAUGGCAUUUGCCAUAUUCAGAUCUCCAAUGAGCUUUUUUGAGACAACUCCGGCCGGUCGAAUUCUAAACCGCUUUUCAAGUGAUAUAUAUCGCGUUGAUGAAAUUCUUGCACGAACCUUUAACAUGCUUUUUGCAAACUCCGCCCGUGCCAUAUUCACUAUGGUUGUCAUCGCAAUUUCUACGCCUCUAUUCCUCAUCCUUAUCGUUCCUCUUGGCUUUAUAUACUUCAGCUAUCAAAAAUACUACCUGCGGACCUCUCGUGAACUGAAGCGGCUCGAUAGCAUCACCAAGAGUCCCAUUUUUGCACACUUUCAAGAAACCCUUGGAGGCAUCUCGACGAUCCGGGCCUUCAGGCAACAAGAACGAUUCGCUCUGGAGAAUGAAUGGCGGACGGACGCAAAUCUUCGGGCGUACUUCCCCUCCAUCAACGCGAAUCGAUGGCUGGCGGUUCGGUUGGAGUUCAUCGGUUCCAUCGUCAUCCUUGGGGCUGCGGUGCUUUCCAUCAUAUCAGUGGCUUCUGGUUCUAAUCUCACAGCUGGCAUGGUCGGCCUAGCAAUGUCAUAUGCCCUCAACAUCACACAGUCGCUGAACUGGAUUGUGCGACAAACGGUAGAAGUUGAGACCAACAUUGUAUCCGUUGAGAGGGUUCUAGAGUAUGCGAGCCUCCCAAGCGAGGCUCCUGAUGUAAUUUUCAAACAUCGCCCGGCGCUCAGCUGGCCUUCGCAAGGGGGUGUUUCCUUUGAAAGGUAUAGUACACGGUACCGACCCGGCCUAGACCUUGUUCUGAAGGAUGUCUCCUUGAAUAUCAAACUACACGAAAAAAUCGGGGUUGUCGGUAGGACUGGGGCUGGAAAGAGCUCGCUAACGCUAGCACUGUUCCGAAUUAUUGAGGCCGCUGAAGGCCGGAUAUGUAUCGACGGACUAAACAUAAGCUCCAUUGGCCUGUUUGACCUUCGUGGCCGGCUGGCAAUCAUUCCGCAAGAUGCCGCUCUCUUUGAAGGGACAGUCCGGGAUAAUCUUGACCCGCGCCACGUUCACGAUGAUACCGAGUUAUGGAGUGUUUUGGAGCGGCGAAUAUCAACAGAACAUGCGCGACUCAGAGACCAUGUUGCCAGCAUGCCAGGCCAGCUAGACGCCCAAGUGCACGAAGGAGGAUCAAACCUUAGUCAAGGACAAAGACAGCUUGUCUCUCUGGCCAGAGCUCUCCUAACCCCAAGCAACAUCCUUGUUUUGGAUGAAGCCACGGCCGCCGUUGACGUUGAGACCGAUGUACUGCUCCAACAAAUGCUGCGCAGUAGUAUUUUCCAAAACCGGACGAUAAUUACCAUCGCGCACCGCAUUAAUACUAUCCUUGACAGCGACCGCAUCGUGGUUCUGGAUCGUGGUAGAGUUGUAGAGUUUGACACGCCGGCCGAACUUAUAAGACGCGGCGGCCAGUUCUACACGCUCGUCAAAGAGGCUGGUCUUCUGGAUAGCAGUGGUGAAUCCGUAGCGCCAUCGGCCUCGUGA